AUGUACAACCUCAUUAGUGUCCUGUCAUUUGUGGACAUCUGUUAUUCCAACAGCACUGUCCCACAGAUGCUUAUUCACUUCCUGUCAGCCUUGAAGUCGAUCCCCUUCCACAGCUGUUUGCUCCAGCUGUCCAUCUCCCUGGCAAUGGGCAAUACAGAGUUCUUCGUACUGGGAGCCAUGGCCUAUGACCACUAUGUGGCGGUGUGCCACCCACUGCACUACACAGUCAUCAUGCACGGAGGGCUGUGCUGGGGGCUGGCUGCUGGCUGCUUGGUGGCUGGUUUCACGAAUUCACUGACGCAGACAAUCAUCAUCUUUCAGCUAUCUUUGUGUCGCAAUAUUAUUAACCACUUUGCUUGUGAGAUGUUGGCUGUGCUGAAGCUGACCUGUGUGGACAUCUCCUUCAACAAGGUCAUAGUGGCGAUCUCAGGCUUUCUGGUGAUCAUGCUUCCCUGUUUUCUGGUCCUAUUCUCCUAUGGUCGUAUAGUUGUUGCCAUUCUGUGUAGUCGCUCUGCCCAGGAACGCCGCAAAGCAUUUGGGACUUGUGACUCCCACUUCACUGUGGUUUGCAUGUGCUUUGGAACAGUCAUUUUCACGUACAUGAGACCUUCAGCUGGCUCCUCAGCAGAACAGGAGAAGACAGUUGCUCUGUUCUAUGCUGUGGUGACCCCAAUGCCGAAUCCUUUAAUCUACAGCUUGAGGAACAAGGAGGUGAUGAGUGCCCUCAGAAGAGUGUUGGAAAAAGUUCGUGAAAAAAGAUAA